AUGGCGUUGGUGAAAAUUUCCUUGGCAGCUGUUCUGAUGGUCAUGGUCCUUGUUCUCUCAGCCAUCGCAGUGUAUGCUGAGGAGAACGAAAUCGCUCCAUCACCAGCGAUGGAAGACGGUUUCGCUUAUAUUUCUUCUGUUUCGGGUGCCGUUCUUGGAUUCUCUCUCCUCCUCUGUAUCCUCCAUUUUUUCAUGGAGACCACACUCACUGCAGAAGAUAUUUUUGGAAAUCCAAACAAGGCGAUGUCUACAUGGUUCCGUACUUCCCUAGGACAUUUCUCAUUCCGAGUUUCGGACAUGUUAGGAGCAGCCAAACAGGAUUGUUAUGAAAAGUCAUCACGCAGACUCGCACCCACAUUCUGGAAAUCCCAUAUCUCUUUGACUGGUCUUUAUAAAAUCAGCUCCCACUGUAAACCGAAGCAAAGCCACAAGAAAUCAACAAUGGCUUCUUCUUCCAUCGCUCGUAGAUUCACUAGUAAGCUUCUCAAACCCUCUCACUCUUCCUCUAUUUCCAUGUUUCACGCCUAUUCCAUCUCCCAAAGCCCUAUGCCAUUUACCUCCUCUUACUGUCGCUCAUACACCGAUUUCAGAGGUACAGACCUUUCUGUGUCAAAUCUCUCGGGCUCUAUCUCCUGUCGAUCCCGGUUGAUCAGUUCUCUCUUAGAUUCUACCACCACCCCUUAUAAGUCUCUGGCGGCGCCAUUAGAGAAACCCACGAACCAUGAUCUCAAUUUCUUCAGAUUUUACUCAAGUUCUGCAACUAAGAUCAACCCGUCUUCUCAAUUGAAGGAGAUACCCACAAACCCUAACACUAAAUCAAAUCCUGGGGUCAGAUUUUUCUCAACCCCUUCCGAUGAUGCGAACAAGGAGAAACACGAAUACCCAAGUCAGGACCCUGGUUUCAAACACCAAGAGAUCGAAGGCCCGACGGUUGAGCGCGAUCUCUCUUCACUCGCUAAUGAGACCAGAGAAGUUUUAGAACGACUGAUGAGGACCAUCUAUGAUUUAAGCAAAGCCGUUGCUAUUCUGGGUCUCGUCCAGCUCGGCUGUGGAGCUUGGAUAUCUUACAUCACUCGAUCUUCCCCAAUUACGGAGGUCACAAUUCAGAGCCUUGUGGCGUUUGUUUUCCCGUUCUCAAUGGCAUUCCUCCUGCGGCAAUCGGUGAAGCCUAUGAGUUUUUUUAAGAAGAUGGAGGAACAAGGACGGUUGCAGAUUCUGACUCUAACCCUUCAGAUUACUAAGAAUGUGAAUAUCUUCUUUGUGCGAGUACGUGGUGUUUCUUUGAUUUGCGCUGCAGGCAUGUCGAUUGGGCUAGUAUAUGCUGUAAUAUCAAGAUGAGUUCUUUAGAGUUACGUUGCAGUUACAAUAACUAUCUCUGCCUGAAUUUUACUAUUGAUGUUUUCUAGUUUGUUUACAUUUCCUGGAUCUGAAAAUUUUCCGUGCAAAAUAAAAUAAUACUUCUUGGAGUUUAGUUCCAA